CAGAGGAUGUCUCAUGGAAUAUCGCGGAAACAUCUCAAGUGCCGGAUCGUCGCCACAAAGCUCACUUCCUUCAAACAUCAACACGAUCUUUGCUCUUUUCGUUAUAUAAACUUGAAAUAUUUGGUGAAAGUGCCGAUAAACACCCGGGUCACCUCUUUCGGCAGCGCAGUUAAUAGAGAGCUAAACGAUGUGACUGGCAGGAACUGGAGUGAUUAAUUAUCAUUACUAGCGAUUCUUUGAUUUCUAAUACACGAAGAAAUGGAUUUUAUUACAGAAUAAUAUUAUUUUGCAGAUUCAACGAACAAGAUGAACAGUUCCAUAAGGUGAAUCGAACUUCACUGUUUAUGAUUUCCAAUAGUGUGUUCAUGUCUGAUAGAAAUCUCAUGCAUCACAGUCUUGCGAAACCGUUUGGAAUUCACUGUUCUUCUCAAGAUGACGGAUUCUUCCCAUAAUUUUAAUCGUGCAAGGGAGACAUAGACUUGAAAUUAACUAUUCAACAUGUCAUCGAAGGACAUUCAGGUUGGGUUGGAGAUGAAUGAGAGUGUGAAAGAUGGAUUUCAAGACAUGGAAUACGACCCCGAUCUACCAAGAAUAGUUAUGAAUUCUACGGACAAGAAAGUAGUAUCACCUCGAGACAGUGAUGCUCUAAAUUUUACUAUAAAAGUCUGCAAAAAUUGGAGGAUACGUAUAUACAAACCUCUGAUUCCCCUGAAAUUGGUUUUGUUCUUUUGGUUUGGAGGGGGAUCUUUUGUAGCACCUUUCUUAACAGUCUAUUUCAAACAACGGGGCAUCACACUUUCAGAAUUGUCGACAUUUUUCAUUCUUUCACCUAUUUGUCAGUUUAUGGGUACUAUUCUAUCAGGAGUGGCCGCUGAUAAGAUAGGACGAUCCAAGCCAGUUCUAGUGGCAAAUUUGGUACUCGCCAUAGUGUUCCUCAGCGGGAUUCUUUUCAUCCCCAGAUUAAAUGUUCCCAGUUGUGCUUCACAGCCCAUAAAUCUCAAGUGUCAUCCUCAACAAUUCGAUCGACUCAUCACUAAGACUAGCUGCGAUGUGGUCGAAGACAUCAUCGAAGUCAACUCCUGCGACGUACAGUGUCCAGAAAACGUCACAGAACAUUGUGAUGGACAAAAUCUUAUUUGUGAGAUACUUGCCGGAAGCGAGAUGCAGAGGAAUUUCUCGCUAUCUAUCCAUGUCAAAGGUUCUUACAAAGCAAGGGACCGCUGCUAUUACAAUGUUAGUUCCAUGUACCAUGAAAAUGCGACAUACUCUUGGUGUAAUGUCCCGCACAAAAUGAAUUGUAGAGUGUCUUGCAUUGUAGAUUCUGGAGUGAACUGUAUUGAUGAAGGUGAUAACCGAGAUGCACUCCUUAUCACCACCAUGGCACUCUUUAUUCUAUUCCAGACUGCAUAUUCUAACUGCUAUCGAUUUAUGGACGUUACAUCUAUGGCAUUGGUUAAAGAACAUAAUUCUGACUUUGGCCAUGAACGAUUUUUCUCUAUUUGUGGAAUACUGGUUGUCUCACCAAUCGCAGGGUAUUUGGUAGAUGCCACUACACCCAAAGGAAUGGAAAAAAACUACCUCGCCGCUUUCUACCUCUUUAUGGUUACAGUUUUGAUUAUUUUAGUUGUCGUGUACAAAUUAGAAGUCCGAAUCAAUCCCCCGGGUAAGAAAAUGUGGAGGAAAGCUACAUACUUACUAAAGAACCCAGACGUAUUGUCAUUUACUCUGGUUAUCUUCGUUCUGGGAACUGCUUUCUGCUUCACCAAAAAUUUUAUGUUUUGGUACCUCGAAGGAAUGAAUACUCCAAGUUUCUUAAUAGGUCUUAUUCCAGCAGUGAGUGCUCUUUACGGCUUACCAUUUCUUCUGACAUCUAGAUGGUGGGUGAACAAGAUCGGUGCUACUCAGAUAUUUAUUUUAGGUCUUCUGGGUUAUGUUGUUAACUCAAUUGGAUACUCUUUUCUGAAAGAUCCCUGGUAUGCCCUUAUUCUAGAGGCUAUGAAUAUAUUUACCUACCAUCUGUUAUGGGUAGCUGUAGUUUUGCACAGUCAUGAACUUGCCCCAGAAGGGCUAACUGCCACAGUUAUAUCCACAGCAGGAUCUAUUCACUAUCAUAUAGGCAAAGCGUCCGGCAGUUCUAUUGGCGGGUUUGUAAUGGACGCUUUCAACGGCCGUGUGGCUUUCCGAGUCAUGGGAAUCAUCUGUUUGAUUUCUGCAGUAUUGUACGCCUUCUACCUCUACAUCAGACGCACCUGCUUCAGCAGGGUAUUACCAGGUAAUGAAGCUGGACCAAUAACAGAUGGACAAUCAAAUAAUGUCUCUACAAACAGGACGAGUAGAUGAGAAAAGAAGAAGUGUAUGUAUGGAUAGUUAUAAUCGUUGAUGCGAGGAAUUCUUUGUGUGUUAGUUGUCAGAAUUUAGUAUGAAAUCAUGUAAUUUUAACUAUUAUUUCCAUGCUAAAAUUAAAUUUCAUUGUAAUUGUAACUGUAGGGUGACUCAAAAUUGUAUUACAAACUUUCAAAGUGAGACGGGAUCCCUAAAAGGGUAAUUACCCAUGAAAGAUCAAGUCGAUCCAAACAAGGCAUUUGCACAUAAAAUCCAGAUUGCAAGAUUUAUGCAAAAAAAUUUAAGUUCGAAUAAAAGUGUUCAAACAUUUCUUGCAUUAUUUUAGGUUUGUGCUCCUACAGAACUAGAACUGAAAAUUUUUUAAUGGAAUAUAUUGACAAAUGUAUGAAUUUUUGUGACAGCAUGCUCUUUACGGCAUUAAAGAUGAAUUUCUAAUAUGAUUGAAAAAGAAUUAAUUUUUAGAUUACUUUCCGAUGAAGCGUUAUCUAGGCCACAUUAAAAUUUUAAUUCUUGUCAAAAAACUUCAGAAUGUCAAGCAUUGAUUUGAAAAUAGAUUAAAUCAUUUAAUGACUAAAAUUUUUUUUAAAAAUUGUCACAUGAAUACGGUUGGCUUCCAUUUUUUUCUAUCACCCAAGAAAGUUUGUUUCUGUAAUUUUGCGUCACUCUAUAUAUUAAAUCAUAUUUUCCAACUGAUCGAAUUUAUCUUUAAGCAAAAGUGUCCUUUCGUUACAUUACCAUAUUUGGCAGCUGUAAUUUAUUAAUUCCAUAGAUGAUAUAUGUUUAACAUAUUGCAUGGCUUGAGAAGUUUUUCAUAUUAAGAUUCUUGUUAAUUCAGACAAAUAUUUCUUUUUGUAAUGAAAUUUAUGGAAAGCCUGAAACAAGGAAAAUAAAUUCUUUGAAAUUUUGUUGAAAAUCUCAAUUCUGACCACCUUUUUAAAUCAAAAGUUUAUAUUUGAAAUUUAAUUUGAAGUAUUUCAUAUUGUGUUACUAGCACAUAUUUAUUGUGUAUAAAACAAGUGAAAAUCUAGAAAAUAAAAUUAGAAUUAACUGUAAAUCAUCAUGAAAAUUAAAAUAUUUGGCACUUUAAAAGGAAAAUAUCUUAUUUUUUAAUAGUAAAGAGCAAAAUUUAAAAUUGACGCUUUUUUACCAGAAUGUACACUUUUUUAUCUGUUGAACUCAGUGUAUGUCUUCUUAUAUUUUUUUGAGUAAGGGUUCGUGUAAUGCAUAUUUAUUUUAUUUUAUGAAUUCUUUUCUUAUAUUUUGUAUUAAUGUAAUACAAUUUUACAAUAAACAUAAGAAUUAGUAUUGUUUUUAUUUCAUUUACUAAGAUUCAAUUUACUGUUUAUAACUUGAGAUUCAUACAUGAUAAUUUCUGUUUACAGUUUUAUAACCUAUAUGUAUUAUUUAGAUGAAUUUAUUUGAAUCAAUACAUUGUAAUUCAUGCACUAAAGAACUGGAAAUUAGUAUUUCACUUAAAUGUUGAUUUCUUUUGUAAAUAUGUUGGAAAUAUAAUGUUAUCUAAAUAAAUCUAAAAUAAUUGC